AUGAUUUUUGAAGAUAAUCAAAAUGUCAUCAAACCAAGGGUAAGAUUUUAAAUUAGUACUCAUUAUAUUUAAAAUAAUAAUUUAUGCUAUUCAUAUUUUUAAUACCUAUCUACAUUUUGUUAAAAAACAAAUUUGUAUUAACUUUUAUAUGCUUAUAUUUGUCUAUUAUUUAAUUUUAUGCCUAUAUAAAAUGUAUACUUUUGUUUUAUAUUCUAUUAUAUCUCUUUAAUAAUAAUCUAUUACAGAAGUAUUUUACAGAGUAGAUAUCUAGGCAUUUUACUUAAUUGUUCCAGAACUAAACUAAAAAAAAUACUUCUUAAUCAAUGCUGUCUGAUUAUGAAUAUUAUAGAUACAACUAGACAAAAACUAAGAAAUUUUGUUUUUAUUAUUAAAAACUUUGUUUAAAUUUAAUACCAUGAUCGACAUAAAACUAUUAAAGAUUUAUAAUUCUUAAAACAAAUAUUUUAUUUUAUUAAUCGUACUUAUAGGCUAAAGGUUUAUAUUUGAUAAGUAUAAGAAUAAAAAAAGAAUUUGGAAAUCUAAAAAUUCAGUGUAGAUCCUAUGUUUGAUGAGUUAAACUUAAAUACUCUUAUAUAGGAUUAACCUAUAUUUUACCAUAUAAAUAUGUAUGUGUUGCUUUUAUGUUUUAAAGAUACAAAAAGAAAAAAAUAAAUACAUAAUAAUUAACUCAGGUUAUAUUGGUGCACUAUCCAUCAGUAAAUUAGGUGAUCUAUUCAUAUUUUGUUUAAAAAUACAAUCAUCAUUUAAAAAAAAAAAAAAAAAAAAAAUAAAGUUUUUCUUAUAAACCAUUUAAUAGUUAUAAUUAACCAUCUUUUUCUGGUGUAUAGUGUAAAAUAAUUUGUAAAAUUCUUUUGUUCUUAGAAUAGUAGAGCAGCUCGACCUAAAGUUGUAUAUCAAUGGACGGUACAAGAUGUCCAAAAAUGGUUUCGGCGGCAUUGCUACGAUUAUUAUGUUUUAUAUGGUGAAAAAUUCUUGCAGGUAGUUAAACACAAUUUUUUAAAUCUAAUUUAAUUUAUUAAUGUGAAAUUGUAUAUGUUCUUAAUUUUUAUAUUAUUAAAAAUAGUCAUAUUAAUAAUAACAAAAAUUCGCAUAUAAAUAAAUAAUAAUAUCCACAUAAUUUUGUAACAUACAAUUACAAUGAUAUUUAAAAUAAUGUUAGGUUUAUUUAAUAUUUAUGAUAAAUUAUUAAAUUAUAAUUUAUUUUUAGCAUGAGAUAAUUGGACGAGCUUUAAUAAGAAUUAAUGAAAAUCAAUUGUAUCGUAUGGGCAUUACAAAUCGUGACCACAGUCAAGAAAUUUGUCGUGAAAUACUAAAACUACGUCUUAAAACAUACAUUUUAGAGUUCAGAGAUCUGGAGCGCAAUAAUUUUUAUGAUUGA